CAUAUGAUGACACAGACUAACAAUGUCACAGAAUUUGUCCUCCUUGGGCUCAGUCAGGAUCCUGAAGGUCAAAAAGCAUUAUUUGUCGUGUUUUUACUCAGUUACAUUGCAACAAUGGUGGGUAACCUGCUCAUUGUGGUGACUGUCAUUGUCAGCCCCUCCUUGGGUUCUCCAAUGUACUUCUUCCUUUCCUACCUGUCAUUCAUAGAUGCUGCUUACUCUACCGCAAUUUCUCCCAAGUUGAUUAUGGACUUGCUCUGUGAUGAAAAGACUAUUUCCUUCCAAGUUUGCAUGGGUCAGCUGUUUACAGAGCAUUUGUUUGCUGGUACUGAGGUGUUACUUUUAGCAGUGAUGGCCUAUGAUCGCUUUGUGGCCAUCUGUAAACCACUGCACUAUUUGACCAUCAUGAAUCGAUGGGUUUGCAUCCUUUUGUUGAUGGUGGCCUGGGCUGGAGGUUUCAUACUCUCUGCUAUUCAACUUGUCUUCGUAUAUACUCUACCUUUCUGUGGUCCCAAUGUCAUUGACCACUUUGUUUGUGACAUGUACCCCUUGUUGGAACUUGCAUGUACUGAAACUUACUUUCUAGGCCUUACUGUGGUUGCCAAUGGUGGAGCAAUGUGUAUGGUGGUCUUCAUCCUUCUCCUAAUCUCCUAUGGAAUCAUUCUAAACUCUCUUAAGACUCAGAGUCAGGAAGGGAGGCACAAAGCCUUGUCAACCUGUGGCUCCCACAUCACAGUGGUUGUCCUAUUUUUUGUUCCCUGCAUUUUCAUGUAUGUUAGACCUGUUUCCAACUUUCCCAUUGACAAAUUCAUUACUGUUUUUUAUACAGUUAUCACUCCUAUGUUAAAUCCUUUAAUAUACACCUUGAGAAAUUCAGAAAUGAAAAAUAGUAUGGAAAAACUGUGGUAUAAAGUAGUAACUGAGGAAAUUAAAAAAAUAUCAAACCAUAUUACUAACUAA